UAUUGGCCUUGCAGUGGCGCGCGAGAGCAUGAGUAGACGAGAGGGUCCCCGCGCACGCGCUAUUAUUGUUUUGACUGAAAAUGCCGUCGGUUUCGAAAACGGCGGCGAGCGCUUCUCCUCAAACCGAGAAACCAACCCACUAUACAUAUUUGAAGGAGUUCAGGACUGAACAGUGCCCACUGUUUUUGCAGCACAAAUGCACACAGCAUAGACCCUUUACUUGUUUCCACUGGCAUUUUCUCAAUCAGAGAAGACGAAGACCCAUUCGGAGAAGAGAUGGGACUUUUAAUUACAGCCCCGAUGUGUAUUGCACCAAGUAUGAUGAAACAACAGGAAUAUGUCCCGAUGGAGACGAUUGUCCCUAUUUACACCGGACCACCGGUGACACAGAGCGCAAGUAUCAUUUACGUUACUACAAGACUGGCACCUGCAUCCAUGAGACAGACGCUCGUGGACACUGUGUGAAGAACGGCCUCCACUGCGCCUUCGCUCAUGGACCACAUGAUCUUCGGCCACCAGUUUAUGACAUAAGGGAGAUCCAGGCACAGGAAGCUCUGCAGAACGGCCAGUUAGGAUCCGGAGAGGGAAUUCCUGACCUACAGCCAGGUGUGCUGGCCAGCCAGGCCAUGAUUGAGAAGACCCUCAAUGAGGACCCUCGCUGGCAAGACACCAAUUUUGUCUUGGCCAAUUAUAAAACUGAGCAGUGCACUAAGCCUCCGCGUCUAUGCAGACAAGGCUAUGCCUGUCCCCACUAUCACAACAGCAGAGAUAGGAGAAGAAAUCCCAGAAAGUUUAAAUACAGGUCGACGCCGUGCCCGAGUGUAAAACAUGGCGACGAAUGGGGUGAACCCUCAAAGUGUGAGAGUGGCGACAGCUGUCAGUACUGUCACUCGCGCACAGAACAGCAAUUCCACCCAGAGAUUUACAAAUCUACUAAAUGCAAUGACAUGAGGCAAACCGGAUACUGUCCAAGGGGGCCAUUCUGUGCUUUUGCACAUGUGGAAAGAAUUCCUUCCACAGAAGAGACCAUGAACACGUUGCUCACAGCGAUGCAGUCGGGGUCUCAGUCCAAGCUGGGCUCUCAGCAAUACCCAGAGUGUCCAAUCAGCGAGUGGAGCAGCAACACCAACACUUUCACCAGCAGCGCCAGUAACAACGGCCAGACAGGAAACGUCUCUUGCUCUAAUAGUCCGACUGUUACGCCAAGCUCAGGGAGCAACAGUUCGUUGUCCCCAAUCGGACCCAUCAGCAGGCCAAAAUGCUUUACUAAUGGUAGCUUAUGUUCAGAGUCCACCACGUCCAGUGUUUCCUCUCCGACGUCUAACUAUCCCAAAGCUCCGGGUUUUGAACGGGAGGAUCAGGCAAAGAACCAGAAGAGCCAGUCUGUGGAAAAUAAUCAAAAGUUAAUGGACCAAGACAAACAGACUCACGGCGGAGUGUUCUCAGUGGUAAACCCGCUAGCAUCCAGCAUAACAUCGAGCAUCACGUCUAGCUUGGCUUCCAGCAUCGGAUCUGACAGUUCAUCACCCACCACUUUAUCAACCAUGAAUGCAAAAGCCACACCUUUUUAUCCAGGCAGCAAUACCGUAGAGUCAGUCAUAGGAUCUGCACUUGACUUAAAUUUUAGUGACAUCAAUGUUGCCUCCCUUGACAAAGAGUUAGAGGACCAGGACAACAAUGGCCUUGGUUUAACAAGUCAGAGGUUAUUAGGAGGCUCCGCUCCUGUCAAUAUUCCUGGCUCUCUGGCUCGUUCUUCUUCUCUGCAUUCAUCCUCCUCUCUUUCCGCCUCCCCGCUCGGAUCACUGUCCCAAUCGCUGUCCCAGUCUCUCCUUACUGGAAUGCAGAGCCAGGCACAGGUGCCGCCUGUUAAAACCGAGCAUGGCCUUUUAGGAACACCUACGUCUACACAGAACUCCUUAGGUCUGAAUGGCGGAGCGGGGAGUAUAUGGGACUUUAUGAGUGGCAGCUUCUCUCCCAGUCCGUCUCCAGUGUUUAGCAGCCUUACUUCCAGCACGGCCAGCUCCAACAGCGCAGACAUCGGCCGGCUCCUCCGAGAACUGGAUGAGGCCAAACGCAAGAUAAAGCAAUGGGAGGAUGCCUGGCACCAAGUUAAACAGGCCUGCGAAGCGUGGCAGAAAGACGCUCACGAAGCGAAGGAACAAGCUAAAUCUGCAGAGGCGGAGCGGCAGCUGGCGGAGCAGAAGCGCGAGGACACCGAGCGAAAGUUGAAGGAACUGCAGGGAGACUUUGACGCUUUGUGUCGCUCCCCCAACACACCCCUCCUGCGCAGCUACGGCGAGCUGGACCAGCUCCCCCUGCAAAAGCUCCGCUCCAUCCAGAGCCGGCUGCGCUCCGACCUAGACCUCAUAGACGGGGUAAUAUAUCAGCUUCAGUCAAAGAAAUGUAUAGUUUGCCAAAAGCAUGAUCGUUCCAUUGUCCUGCAGCCUUGCCAACAUUAUGUACUUUGUCAGAACUGCGCGUCUGGUAAAACAGAAUGUCCAUACUGUAAGACAAAAAUAUUGAAGUGGUGAUGUACAGCUAUUCGAGGUACUAGUUAACGAUUUAGCCCUUUGAAGAACUACUAAUACAUAUAUUAUGCUUACAAUUUCUAAAUAGCAUUUUUUUUUGUGUGUUUCAGUAUUUCAUAUAGUGAUUUAAAUCGAAUAGUUUUAUUAGAAUCUAAUAAGUGGUGUUUGACUGAUACAAAUCGAGUACUUUAAUGCAAUACCUGUUUUGUAAGCUAGAUUAUUCAUUUUCAUAAACCAUUAAACAAUCCCCCCUUGGUUAUUGUCGUUUGGCGACACUCGUAGUUUGAUUUCCACGAUUCGACUGUUAAAAAUAAAUUAAUCGGUCAGACGUCAAACAUCAUAUUACUAGU